UCGGCAUCAGUUCGUCAUCGUCUGUUGAAAGAGGUUGGUCGAUUGUUCGACGUGAAUAAAAAAAAAAUAAAUAGAAUAAAAACUAAUAAACUAAAUUACAAUAUAUAUAUAUAUAGGAAAAUUAUAUAUAUACAUACAUCAAUUCAAGACAAGUACAUUUUUUUUCAAUAAUUAAUUAACCCGAGUAAAUUGUACGCCAAUUCUCAACACAAAAUAAAAACAUUAAAGUGAAGUUUAUUUAACUUUAAAUAUUUGACAACAAAUUGUAAUAAAAUAAAGGUUAAUAUAGAAAAAAUUGAAUAUUUUUUCGAAGAAAAGAAUUAUUUUUUAAACGAAUCAUUUGAUUAGAAAAUUUUUUGGCAAAUAAAGAAAUUCAAUUUCCUUUAAUAAAGAAAAUGGCUCCAAGCGUUAAAAUGGCAUUCCGUGGAAACAACAAUCGCAACCGCAACUUUGGCGGCAAUUAUGGUGGUGGCCCAAUGGCUGGCGGCAAUAACCGCAUGGGCAUGAACAUGAGCCCUUGGGAUAAUCAAAAUGCCGGCGGUGGCAAUUAUGGAGGUGGUAAUAUGCGCCAAGGUGGCGGUGGAGGUGUUGGCGGCGGUCAAGGCAUGAAUGCCCAAGCCAUUAGCUUAGCCAACAACCUGCUCAAUAAUUUGUUCAGGAAUCAAAAUCCACCAUCGCUGCUAGAUCUUCCACGAGGCGGUGGAGGAAUGGCGGGUAACCGCAAUCAACGUCCUGGACCGAUGGUCAAUCGAGCUGGCCCUGGCAAUCGCAAUAACCAACGCCGAGUUCAAGGAGGUUUCAAUAACCGUGGUGGUGCAAAGGUUGCAGCCAAUAAGCAAGGUGGCGGUAUUCGUAAACAGAAUGCCUUUGAUCGUGCCAAGAAACUUCUGGCUAAAAAUUCCAAUAAAAAAAAGGAUUCAGCUCCUGGUGAAAAUACUGAAAAUACUAAGAAAAACGAGAGCCAAGUCAAGGAAUCCCCCUACGCCAAUGUACCCAACGACAUGUUCUACUGUCAUCUCUGCAAGAAGCACAUGUGGGAUGCCAACUCGUUUGAAAACCACAUCAAGGGACGUGCUCAUUUGAUGAUGCGCGAAGGUAUUGAAGAAAGCUACCGUCUACGGGCUAACAUGAUCCGCCAAGAGGCCAAGAUCGCCGAACAGCUCAAAUCGGUUGAAUUGGACCGUUUGAAGCGUAUGGGUAAGUCCAAGAACCGCAACUUGGAAUACUGCACAAUGUGCGAUUUGAACUUCCAUGGUCAUUUGUCGGCCCAUCGCAAAUCGGACGGCCAUUUGCAGCUGAAGAAAUUCUUGCAUCCCAAGUGUGCCGAAUGCAACAAGGAAUUCUCCACCCGCAUUGACUACGACUCGCAUUUGCUGUCUGCUGAUCAUUUGAAGAAGGCCGCCGAAAAGAACACCAAGGUUGGUGAGCGCAAGAAGAACACUCUGACCAUCUUGACUGAGGAGGAUGAGUUGAAGGAUGUCCGCCCACCACAAAAGAAGAAGAAGAAGGCUGCUACCCCAGCUGCUGGUGAAGUCAAGAAAGAAGGUGAAGAAGGCGCUGAGAAGAAGGACGAUGAAGAAGGUGAUGAGAAGAAAGAGGGUGAAGAAGAAGCUGCCGAUGAGACCAAGGAAGGUGAUGAAUUGAACGAGACCAAGGAAGAAGAAGAAGAGGAGGUUGCAUUGCCCGAAGAUACUGAAGAUAUCAUUGUUGAUUUCAAUGAUGGUGAUGAUGUUCCCGUAGAAAUUGACGCCAAGUUGCCAAAAUACAACUGGACUCGCCCAGUGGGUGCUAGCAUGAUCACCAAAUUGGAAUGCUACGAGUGUUCAAUUUGUGGCAAAUUCUUUGACAACGAAAAGACUGUGGAGGUACAUUCACGUACCGUUUCUCACCACCGUCAAUUUGUUAAAUUCCUUAAUGACAAGUCUAGCGAUACCAAGAUUGCUCAGAAGAGAGCCGCAGCCGCUAUCGAAGAGACCGAACGCAAGAAGAGGAAGAUUGAAGAAGCCACCGCUGCAGCAGCUGCCACUGAGGCCAAGAAGGAAGCAGGUGAAGGUGAAGGUGAAGAGGCUGAGGGUGAGACAGUCAAGGAAGAAAAUGGUGAGGAAGCCAACGAUGAGUUGUACGAUCCAUCAGAAGCUACCGGUGACGAUGAAGAUGUUGAUAUGGCCGAGAACGGUGAGAAGGAAGCUGCUGUAGCUGAUGAAGAGAUGGCUGAAGAGGAGAAUGGUGAUGCGGCUGAAGUUGAAGAAGAAAUGGAAACACAAAACGAAGAAGCUGUUAAGGAAGAAACACCCACAAAGGCUGAACCCAAAGCUCCCGCAACUCCAGCAGCAGCCGAAAAGCCAGCUCCCGCAGCAGCAGCAGCCGCAGCAGCACCAACAACUCCAACACAAGCGUCACCCCAGAAGAAGGGAGCCGCAGCAGCCAAAACACCUGCCGCUAAAGCGACGCCCAGGGGUCGUGGACGCGGUCGUUACACCCGUUACUAGGUAUAUUUUUCCAAAUGACUAACAAAUAAUUAAAGAAAAACACACACACAUUAAGUAGGUCUUUUUUUUUUUUAAUAUUUCUCUAA